AUGGACCUUCUACAACCUGUGUCCAAUAUUUCAUUGCCAGUUAUCGAUUACACUGCACUCGUUAAAAGGGACAGCACAGAGAUUCAAAAAAUUGUCAGAGCUUCCACAGAGCUGGGAUUCUUCUACUUGAAAGUCGACAACCAACUCGAUCCGGAUCCCAUGUUUCGGUUAGCAGAAAACGUCUUUCGAAUGCCGUUGGACGACAAAUUGCCGUACAAAAUGGACGGUAAAAAUGGAAUUUACUAUGGUUACAAGCCUGCCCGUACCACGUUUACUGAUAAACAUGGUACUCCCGAUACCAUCGAGUUUUGGAACAUAUCAAAAGAUGAACUUCUUGUUCGCAACGGAAACGACUUCCCGAAAGCUAUCUUAGACGUCAAGGACGUCAUUAAGAGUUUUAUGAUCAAAUCGCACGAAAUGAUUAACGUCAUUCUGGAGAUUCUGUCGAUCAGUCUGGGUCUCGAUGCGAAAGCACUCUCGAAUUUACAUCGCCUAAUGGAGUCAAGUGGCGAUCAAUUGCGAUUCACCAAGACAACUAUGCAUCCCAUUCAAAAUCGGCCAUCUUCACCCGAUGUAUCCUUGGGUGCGCACACUGAUUUCGGAUCCAUUACGAUCCUUUUCAAUCGGCUGUAUGGUCUGCAGGUUCUGUCGCCGAACAAGGAAUGGUUGUUCGUUCCACCAUUACCGGGACAUGCUGUUGUUAAUCUCGGCGAUGCUAUGGUAAAACUUUCCGGUGGUCGUCUGAUGUCGAAUACUCAUCGAGUCGUGACAGCACCGGGUCUUAGUGCAGUAACCGAUCGUUAUAGCGUUGUUUAUUUCGCGAGGCCCGAGAACGUUGUCCAAAUGAAGAAUCUCUUGAGCGAUGAGGUGAAUGAAACGGACAAUUUGACGGCUGAAGAGUGGAUUGCACGGCGAGUGAGACAUUUUCAAAUUGUGAACUAUACGAAUGAGGAAGCGUAUGAAUUGAGUAGAGGUACGGAAAGCUAUGUUGAUGUUUGA